CCAGUAGGAUUGAAGCAGUAGUGCUGCUGACUCUCUCCCUCUCUCGCUGUCUCGCUCUCUCUCAGUCUUAUUUGAGAGUCAUUCCGUCACUCUUGUGCUUAUUUCUCUCUUUCUCUUUUGCGUCCUCAUUCCAGCACACUACGGCAGAAAUGGCUGAGGCGUUUGUUGGCACAUGGAACCUCAAGGAGACCAAGAAUUUUGAUGAAUACAUGAAGGCACUGGGAGUGGGGUUCGCCACUCGCCAGGUUGGCGGCAUGACCAAGCCCAUAACGAUCAUCGCAGUCGAGGGAGAUGUCGUCACCCUGAAAACCCAGAGCACCUUUAAGAACACCGAGAUCAGCUUCAAGAUGGGAGAGGAGUUUGACGAGACGACCGCAGACGACAGGAAGGUUAAGUCUCUCAUAACUCUAGAUGGUGGUAAGAUGGUGCAUGUGCAGAAAUGGGACGGCAAAGAGACAACUCUGGUACGAGAAGUCAGUGGAAACGCCCUCACGCUGACUCUGACGCUGGGGGACGUUGUUUGCACACGUUCCUAUGAGAAGGCGUAAACGUCCAAACCUCCAUCCUAAACAAGCCAAAACCAAACCCUGCAGCCCCCUGUGGCCAAUCCCCACACCACUGAACCCUCAUAACCUUUAACCCCUGUCGUGAUAUCUGGCCUCCAUGUUGUCCUGUUCAUCCAUGUGUUGUGCCUCUCCUCAAAAUGAAACACUGAAUAAAAAUCCUUUUUUUUUCUCA